AAUUCCAAUUCCACUUUCUUUUUGCCCAAACUUUCUUUCUUUCUUUCUCUUCUUUUUCCUAUCACUUUGGUUUUCUAGUACAACGUCUUUUCCUCCAUUGUCCCCUUCUUCUUCUUCUUCUUUUUUCUUCUAUAAAACCACCCUUCACUCACCUAGACAACUUCCCCCUUCUCCUCUGCUUCUUCUUUCUUCUAUAACCUCUAAUCUCCAUCCCUUUCUUUUCAUUUCUUCAUUGCAGGAAACCAACAAAUCUUCAUGCUGCUGCCACUGAUUUGUUAACGCUGUUUAUUCAUAUUCAUGUCUCCAGUUCUGAGUGAAAUCCUUCGUUCCGGUUUUAUGAUCAAUUCUUCCCUCAGGCGCAGGACCCACCUUGUUCAAUCUUUCUCUGUUGUCUUCCUCUAUUGGUUCUAUGUUUUCUCAUUAAUCUUCUCUUUCAUUUACGCUAUUGUAUAAUACUAUUAAUAAUAAAUAAGACUAAUCAUCAUCCAAUAAGGUAGUGUAAUCAAAUUAUCUCACUCUUUUUCUGGGGUCCUGCGUCUCAAUCCAUUGUUCUAUUAUAUUCUGUUACAACCAUGGCUUCAUCGAGUGGAAACUCGACCCUUCAAAGCUCGGGUUCGGAGGAGGAUAUGUUGUUGAUGAUGAUGGAUGAAAGGAAGAAGAAGAGGAAGCAAUCGAAUAGGGAAUCAGCGAGAAGAUCAAGGAUGAGGAAGCAGAAUCACAUGGAUGAUCUUAUGAGUGAGGUAUGCAAGCUUGGAAAGGAAAAGAGUGAAAUCCUUAAAGGCAUAGACAUCACCACACAGCAAUAUUUGUGUGUUGAGUCUCAAAAUUCAAUCCUUAGGGCCCAGUUGGAAGAACUUUCUCAGAGGCUUCAAUCACUCAAUCAUAUCGUUCAUCUCAUCAACACAACACCACCUAAUCUGCCCUAUCAUCAUCAGCAUACACAAACACAACAAUAUGAUUAUCUUCUGCCACCAACACCAGCUGCUGAAAAUUUCUUCAGCAAUAAUAUGAAUAUGUUCAAUCAUAUCAACCAACCAAUUUCUGCUGCAGACAUAUAUCAGUGGGUCAAUUGAUGAUUUGAAAUUACCAGUGUGUGCUCUUGUUCUCCUUGGAAUAUUGCUUAAUUAUGGUGGAUUAAUUAUGAGCUUGAGUAAGGGUGAAAAUAUGUAGCACAUAGUUAGGGGGAGAUUAUUAUUGUGUUAUAUAUUAGAUAAGAGAAGUUGGAAAAGUGGUUGGAAAUGAUGUAUUGUGGGCAAAAAGAAGGGACCUCAGUCUCAGUGUGUGUAAUUUGUGCUUUUAACUUUUAAGUAUAAUUCAUAUAUAUGUAUGUUAGUGUGUUCUCUAUUAAUGUAAAAAAGUACUGGUUGUUA